CUGUAAUCAACAACUUUAGUUAGCGGUGUUUCAUCAGACUGAUCGGGAGAAGUGAAUUGUAACCUCUCACAAGUUAUAAGUAAUUCUAUCGAAUAAAUAACAUUUUUGUGCGUUGUGAUCAAAAUUGGAAACGAUGCGUUUGGCGACAGCGAUGAAUUCCAAGCUUCUGCCUGUUUUCCGACAUCGAAUGACGAAUAUUCGAUCUUACUCCAGAAAUCACCGUGUAGAUCAUGACGAGUUAUCGGUAUAUUUACGACCGCAAUUUAGAAGAAUAAAAAUUAUUGAAUCUCAUGGAAUGUUUGCCAGAAAUAUUCACAGUCGUCGACAAAAUGCAGCUGUUAUUCCAGUCAGAUUCUUUGCAACUAAAAGAUCUGACAAGGAUGCAACAAAUGGAAACAAUGAAGAUUAUUUAAGUGAUCCACCGUCAUUACCAGCUACCGUUGUUGUACCAGAAGUUUGGCCUCAUGUACCUGUUAUUGCAAUUAAUAGAAAUCCAGUAUUUCCAAGAUUUAUAAAACUUAUUGAACUGACUAAUCCAAUUCUCAUAGAUUUAAUUCGUAGAAAAGUCAAAUUAAAUCAACCUUAUGUUGGAAUCUUUUUAAAGAAAACAGAAGAAAAUGAAGCAGAAGUUGUACAAAAUUUAGAUGAAGUUUAUUCUGUUGGAACAUUUGCACAAAUACAUGAAGUUCAAGAUCUAGGCAAUCGAUUAAGAUUAGUUGUAAUGGCCCAUAGAAGAAUUAAAAUUGUUGGUCAAAUUUUAGAAGACCUUGAAAAACCUGCCUCUGACGAAUUAGUUACGGGUGCUAAACCAAGUCGUAGAUCUCUUCUACGUAAAAAAAUGGAACAAAAGGUGGUAGAGCCAGAAAGAGUACAGAAAGUUGAAGCAGAAAUAAUUACUCCUGAAAACAAAAAUACUGUUCCUGAAAAUAAAGAGGCAGUAACGGAAAAAAGUGGGGAAAAAGUUGGUCCUGUAGAAACUCCACCUCAAGCUAAUUCUAAUUCUCCUCAGCCUUUAUUAAUGGUAGAGGUUGUAAAUAUUACACAUGAGAAAUUUCGGCAAACUGAAGAAAUUAAGGCUCUAACUCAGGAGUUAAUUAAAACAAUUCGGGAUAUAAUAAGUAUGAAUCCGUUGUACCGUGAAUCCUUGCAACAAAUGUUACAUCAAGGUCAAAGAGUUGUAGAUAAUCCAGUUUAUCUAAGUGACUUGGGUGCAGCUUUGACAGGAGCAGAUGCACAAGAGUUACAACAAGUAUUGGAAGAAAUGGAUAUAUUAAAAAGAUUAAGAUUAUCACUUGCACUUCUAAAGAAAGAAUAUGAAUUAAGUAAACUUCAACAAAAGAUUGGUAGAGAAGUUGAGGAAAAGGUUAAACAGCAGCACCGAAAGUAUAUUCUUCAUGAACAAUUAAAAGUUAUUAAGAAAGAAUUGGGAUUAGAGAAAGAUGAUAAAGAUGCAAUAGCAGAAAAGUACCGAGAACGAAUAAGAGAGAAAACAGUUCCAAAAGUAGUAAUGGAUGUACUUGAAGAAGAAUUAAAUAAAUUAAAUUUCUUGGAAAGUCAUAGUAGUGAAUUUAAUGUGACCAGAAAUUAUUUGGAUUGGCUUACUUCUAUGCCGUGGGGUGUAACCAGUGCUGAAAACUUAAAUCUUCAACAAGCAAUUGAAAUUUUAGAUAAAGAUCAUUAUGGAAUGGAGGAUAUAAAAAAGCGAAUUUUAGAGUUUAUUGCUGUUAGCCAGUUGAAAGGAUCAACGCAAGGAAAAAUAUUAUGUUUCCAUGGUCCACCGGGUGUUGGCAAAACGUCAAUAGCCAAAUCAAUUUCUCGUGCGCUUAAUAGAGAGUACUUUAGAUUUAGCGUUGGUGGUAUGACAGAUGUAGCAGAAAUCAAAGGACAUAGAAGAACUUACGUGGGUGCUAUGCCUGGCAAAGUUAUUCAAUGUUUAAAAAAAACCAAGACUGAGAAUCCAUUGAUUCUUAUAGACGAAGUUGAUAAAAUUGGAAAAGGUCAUCAAGGAGAUCCAGCUUCUGCUCUUCUUGAAAUGUUAGAUCCAGAACAGAACGCAAAUUUCCUGGAUCAUUAUUUGGAUGUACCCGUUGAUUUAUCUAAAGUUCUUUUCAUUUGUACGGCAAACGUAAUUGAUACUAUUCCAGAACCUUUGAGAGAUCGUAUGGAGAUGAUAGAUAUGUCAGGUUAUGUAGCAGAAGAAAAACUUGCGAUCGCUAAGCAAUACUUAGUGCCGCAGGCUAUGAACGAUUCGGGUCUUACUAAGGAUCAAAUCGAAAUUGGAGAUAAUGCACUUCAUUUGUUAAUUAAGUCUUAUUGCCGUGAAUCCGGGGUACGAAGUCUUCAAAAACACAUAGAAAAAGUUCAUCGGAAAGUAGCAUUCAAAGUAGUCAAGAAAGAAUCAGAAAAAAUUAAUGUGACUGCAGAAAAUUUACACGAGUUUGUAGGAAAACCCGUAUUUACACAUGACAGAAUGUAUGAUAGUACACCACCUGGUGUGGUCAUGGGUCUUGCAUGGACUGCCAUGGGCGGUUCUACUUUAUUUAUUGAAACAACAAUUAGAAAACCAUUGAUAUCUGGAAAAUCAGAAGGCAGUUUUGAAGUUACUGGUCAUUUAGGUGAUGUAAUGAAAGAGUCUAUCCAAAUAGCGCUAACAGUUUCAAGAAACUUUUUAAAACUAAAAGAACCAUCUAAUACGUUUUUGUAUGAUUCUCAUUUACACUUACACGUACCUGAAGGUGCCACUCCAAAAGAUGGUCCAAGUGCAGGUAUUACAAUUGCGAUAGCAUUAAUUUCACUUGCUAAAAAUAAAGCAAUUAGGCAGAACGUUGCAAUGACGGGAGAACUUAGUCUCAUGGGUAGAGUUCUUCCUGUUGGUGGUAUUAAAGAGAAAAUAAUUGCUGCCAAACGAGUUGGUGUGAACUGUGUAAUUUUACCUGAAGAAAAUAAGAAAGAUUUUAAUGACUUAGCUAAAUAUAUCACGGAUGGUCUUGAAGUUCACUUUGCUACAACUUUUGAAGAUGUAUACCGUAUAUGUUUUGAAACAGAACAAGCUGAUCAACUUCAAUAUCCGAAAUUAAAUGUUAAUAUUUCAACUGCACAAAGUGCACCACUUCUGAGUAAAAAAGACUGAAUUGUUCAAAGAUUGAGUACUUACAUAUUUUAAAAGCUGAUUAGCCUACAAUUUUACACAUCUAUAGCCCAUUUGAAACAUCUGGAUACAUAAAACGAUUAAACAAUUUAUUUUCACAAA